CAAGAAAGAAAUGGUAUCUUAGUCCCCACAUUGCUGUUAAAAAUGAAAUAAUAAAUAUGGACCAAUCUCUUACCUUGUCAUUUUCAUAACGUUUUGAAUUUCUAAGAUAGUGAGAGCCGAUGGUUUGGAAGAAAUUAAUCAUACACGAGUCUGGCACUAAAAUGAAUGUAUGAAAGCACCCUCUCAACACCCACCCUCAAUUUCUCCUUUCAAAAGCUAAUAAACUUGAAUGGAGGGAGGGAAAGAUAGUAAUAGCAACAGUAGCUUCAAUUUCAAAACCAACUUUUUACUUUAUUUUUUCCCUUUCAUCUGCUUUUUCUUUUACUUCAAGUACUACAUCUCUCUUUCUAACUGAUAUAUGUUGGUUGGAAAAAAUGGUGUUGAGUACUCUUUAAAUCUAACUCCACUUGCUCCAUACGUGUCCCUGUACUAUCUAACCUCUUUCAGGCAAAUCCUUAGAACCAUUUCCUUUUCUUUAUAUUGUAUCGAGCAUCCACUUAAUAAAAGAAGUAGCCCAAGUCUUGAUCUCUUCAUGUGUUGUCUUCAUUUAUUUUACGACACCUAGCUAAUUCUCAUAAUUCCACAACGGCCAUGCAACUAGACUCUUGUUCCAUUUGUCAGUCAAUUCAAUCAUCAAGCAUUGAUAUAAUAAUGCCUUUCCGGUUAGCCUCAGCAUGGAACAAGCGCCGCAGAAGCAACAACCAGGAUCAUACUGACCCCUGGAUUUACAAACCUGCAGAGUACUGGGAAAUUGAAGAUCAAACACCCCGGCCAACAAAACGGUGCCAUGGAUCAUCAGUUUUCACACUCAAGGAGAUGGAGGAGGCAACAAGCUCUUUCAGUGAUGAGAAUCUGCUUGGGAAAGGAGGAUUUGGCCGGGUCUACAAGGGCACUCUACGAUCAGGAGAGGUUGUUGCAAUCAAAAAAAUGGAGCUGCCACCACUCAAAGAAGCUGAAGGAGAACGUGAGUUCCGUGUAGAAGUUGAUAUCUUGAGCAGACUUGACCAUUCAAAUCUGGUUUCGUUGAUAGGUUAUUGUGCAGAUGGAAAGCAUCGGUUUCUAGUCUAUGAAUACAUGCAAAAAGGGAACCUGCAAGAUCACUUAAAUGGUAUUAGUGAGAAGAAAAUUGAUUGGCCUUCAAGGCUCAAAGUGGCAAUUGGUGCAGCCAGAGGACUUGCUUAUCUCCAUUCUAGUUCUGAUGGAAGAAUUCCAAUAGUUCACAGAGAUUUCAAGUCCACAAAUGUUCUUCUAAACACCAACUUCGAAGCAAAGAUAUCUGACUUCGGACUAGCCAAACUUAUGCCAGAGGGCCAGGAGACUGAUGUGACUGCCAGAGUUCUUGGCACAUUUGGCUAUUUUGAUCCCGAGUAUACAUCAACAGGAAAAUUAACUUUAAAAAGUGAUGUUUAUGCAUUUGGAGUGGUUCUUCUAGAGCUUUUGACGGGACGCAGAGCUGUGGACUUAAACCAGGGACCAAAUGACCGAAACCUUGUACUCCAGGUUAGGCACAUUCUGAAUGACAGGAAGAAAUUACGAAAGGUGAUCGACCCAGAGAUGGCUCGAAGUUCAUACACCAUUGAAUCUAUAGCUAUGUUUGCAAACCUGGCAUCACGCUGUGUCCGUGUUGAGAGCAGACACAGGCCCUCAAUGUCAGAAUGUCUGAAGGAACUCCAACUGAUUUUCUGUACAAAUGCAAAACGCCUAGGGCAAGGCUUUUAGGAUGGGUUGAGAAAUGUGGAUCUUUCACCAGCUGUGAAAAUUAAAAUCCUAUCAACAAUAACGACACUUCAAAUUAUGAAAAAACACUAUUACCAGGGCAAUUGGAUAAAAUACAUGAAAACAUAAGGUAUUUGAGUUAUCUAUGAGUCAAAACAAAAGCAACUUUAGUAGGACCACAUCGAAAGUCAUUCCAUGGUAAGGAAACUAUUGGAGAACUGAAACUUUUUAAGAGAAUAUUUUCUCAGUAAUUUUAGUUCUAGUCUAGUAUCACCAGUUUGUUUGCUAAUAUUUUGCUUGAUGUAGCUAAUUCUAUGCAUUAUACAUUGUAUAAACACAGUGAUUUAGAAACUAUUCUGCACCAAAAUAAAAAAUGUAAACAAGUAGUGGCUUUAAUUUCAUUUGUACCAACAAUGACAAAAGCACAUGGAAAGA